AUGUUUGUAACACCUUUGAAACAUUCAGGAAUUCAUUUGUCUUCUGGGACAUUGCAAAAAGGAAAUAUGCCUGUAGCUGCAGUCUUUAUUGACAGCAUCCCUUCAGGCACACUUACUCCUAUGAAAGACUUGAUGAAAUAUCAGAAGUCCUCUCUAAAAUUGAAUGGUCAUAAAAAGAAUCAGUUAUUAGAAAUAACAACUUCUAACAAUAAAAAUGUAUUUCAAUCCACCAUGCUAUCAGAGGAUGCCCUUUCAAACUGCUCUCCUGAUGUCAGUGUUAUAAAGCCCAAUAUGGAUAUGAUUUAUGAAUCACCAGGAAAAAUGUUUCAAAGAAUGAAAGAAAAAGUACAGUUUGACAAACAAGAACAACCAUCAAGGAGCAUGUUGGGAUCACCAAAAUGUGAACAUAAUAAAGUCUUUCCUCCUAACAGAGGCAAGAAAACUCAGUUGCAACAUACCUAUAUCUGUGAGGAAAAAGAAAAAUCAUUCCAAUCCAAUAACUCUUCAUUGGGAGGUCCUCCAAUUCUGAACCAAGAACAAAAAAAUGUUUCAGCUUCAUGCAUUUCAAGGAAGGCAUUAACUAGAGCUCAGUUUGGCAGACAAAUUCUUCAUUCAAAAGGGAGGCCACUUGAAACCACUGUGUUCAAAAAGAACACAUAUGCUUUGGAAGGCAUUGAUUCUACUUAUGAAAAGUUUGAAAAUACUGAUAUUCGUAGUAUUUGUGUUCCUAUUAAGAAUCAUAGCCAGUCUACUACUUCUGAUAAUGAUGUGACAACAGAAAGGACUAAAGAGGAUAUUACAGAAGAAAAUGGAGAAAUGAUGUCUAGAAAGACUAUUCUUCAAGAUCCCAUGAAGAAUAUAUCUAAAGUUAAGCGUGUAAGUCCAAGACUUAAUUUAAUAGUAUCUGACCGGUCUCAAAGAAAACUUACAAAGCUUGAAACUGUUGUAAGUGAAGUAAAACAAUAUCAGGUAGUCCACCUACAGGAAUGGAUGAUUAAAGUCAUCAAUAAUAAUACUGCUAUAUGUGUAGAAGGAAAGCUGGUAGAUGAGACUGAUGUUUAUUGGCAUAGUAAUGUGAUUAUAGAGCGGAUUAAACACAAUGAACUUAGGACCUUAUCAGGCAACAUUUAUGUAUUAAAAGGAUUGAUAGACCGAGUUUCCAUGAAAGAAGCAGGAUAUCCCUCUAUUUUCACAAGAAAAUUUAUGUUUGGAUUUCCUGAAAAUUGGAAGGAAUACAUUGAUAAUUUUCUAGAACAAUUAAGGGCUGAAGAAAAAACCAAGAGUAAGACCAGACAGAAAACUACAAGAUCCCAAGAUAAACAAAAAUCGAUAAAAAAUGAUGGAGAAGAUAAACAAACAGAUGUCCUCCAAAAGGCCAACAUCACUUACCACCUUAAUGGUGAUAGCUUAGAGAGAACUGAGGUACUAAAUGUACCCAUUGAUCCCUUGAACUCACUGGAACAGUCUACCCCCGACAAAGAAAGGAAACACCUGCCUGUGAGUCAGAAGAAAGCUUAUGUUUUAAUAACACCACUUAGAACCACGAAGUCGAUAGUGCAAAGAUGUGGGGAGCACAGUCUCUCUUUUGAAGGAAUAACAGAUUUUUCCAAAGCAAAGCAUCAAGAAGAAAGUGAGUCAGAUGUACAUGAAACUCCAAGUCCUACCUGUAAGUCCUUAGAGACCUUUGAACAUAGAGUGGGUUAUGAAGGCAAUACCAAGGAGGACUGCGACGAAUGUGACAUAAUCACUGUCAAACAUAUUCAGUUACCUUGCUUGAAAAGUAAAGAAAUGCUCACCAAUAAUUUUAAGAAAAAGAACAAGUUGCCCUCGAAACUGCAGAAAACUGAAAAACAAAUUGUAUCACUGUAUAAACAGUCCUCAUCACAUUUGUCAAGUGAAGAGAAUGAAGUAGAAAUUAAAAGUAAAACCAGAGCAAGAAAUACAAGGCUGAAUCAGGAGAGAAAAAACACAAGCAACAUUACAAAAGAUAUCCUCCUCAUUUCAGAAUCUAAAGGUGAGAGUGAUUCUUACAUCACACCAAAGAGACUUAGAUCUUCUGCUAAAGGAUCACAUAACAAAUCUGAUGUUAGCAAAACCUUUCUAAUUGAAGUUAAGGCAUCUGAUACAACUAACAGGCAACAAGUGUUAGACCAUCUACCUGAUUUAGUUGAUGAUGGAGAAUGGACUGAGCAAGAGUUACAGAAGCUUCAUCGUGCUUUUACAUCUCUUCCAAAGUACAAACCUGGCUUUUGGUCAGAUGUGGCUAUGGCAGUAGGUUCUCGAACUGCUGAUGAAUGCCAGAAGAAAUACACAGAAGAACCCCAAGGCAGAGGCUCCCAAAAACAUGUCUCUAAGAAAAAGCAAGCCGACUUCAAGGUCCAGAACGAUGAGGAAGAUAGUACUGAUGACAAGAAGACUAUUAAGAUAACUGCCAGAGAGGGAACUCUUAAAAGGAAACGACAGAUGAGGGAAUGUCUCGAACACUUGCCAAAAGACAACCACGAUGAUUUUUUCACUGCAACACCCUUGCAGAAACAAAGAAUACGGUUGCCAAGUUUUCAGUUCAGUCAAGACGAUGCUGCUCUGCUGUGUAUGGACAGGAACCCAGCAUCCCCGCCUUCGGUGACUGCCACACUGACAAGCACCACUCCACAGUGCAGCCAUGUCAGUCCCAGCAUGCUAGCCUCUGUAGAAAGGAAUGAUUGUGAUAAAUAUGUUUACCAUAUGCAAAAAAAUGCUAAAAAAUAUGGCAAGAGUAAAGGUGGCCUUGUCUGGGGCAACAUCAGGAAAAAAACAGUUGAAACUGAUCUCUCAUCUCCGAUACCAACACGAAAAGCCCUGUUUAACAAAGAUUUAGAUGAAAACACUGAUAUUCCAAAGUUUUUCAUUGAUGAUAUAGAAUCAGAUGAAGAAGAGAAAGAUUAUUACUUUUCCAAUUCUGACUGA